AGCUUGGCCAAACUCUUACAGCAUUUCUUCCACCAAGGGUAUACAGGAUUAUUGCUUUCCUAACUCUUUUUCAGACUGGAAGAUUUUAUCUCAGUCACCACCCCAGCAAGCCAUUUCUGAAGAACGAUUUGCAGACCCGAGUAUAGAGAUGGCCCCUGGGGAGUCAGAGCACAGAAAGGGUGAACUUGGGAAGAGCUUCAGUCUGAGACCAGUCCUUUCACUACAGCAGAGAGUUCCUAAAGAUCAGCAGAAGAGGCACACUGGGGAGAAACCCUAUGAGUGCAGUGAGUGUGGGAAGGCCUUCAGCCAGAGCUCAUCUCUUGUUCAGCACCAGAGGAUCCACACCGGAGAGAAGCCUUACAAAUGCAGUGAAUGUGGAAGAGCCUUCAGCCAGAACGCAAACCUCACAAAACACCAGCGAACCCACACUGGAGAAAAGCCCUACAAAUGUAGUGAGUGUGACAAAGCCUUUAGCGAUUCUUCAGGCCUUGUUCAGCAUCAGCGAAUUCAUAGUGGAGAGAAACCCUAUGAAUGCAGCGCCUGUGGGAAGGCCUUCCGUGACAGUGCAAACCUCACAAACCACCAGCGGACUCACACUGGGGAGAAGCCCUACAAGUGCAGUGAGUGUGGGAAGGCCUUCAGCCAGAACGCAAACCUUACAAAACACCAGCGAACGCACACUGGAGAAAAGCCCUACAAAUGUAGUGAGUGUGACAAAGCCUUCAGCGACUCUUCAGCCCUUGUUCAGCAUCAGCGAAUUCAUACUGGAGAGAAACCCUAUGAAUGCAGUGACUGUGGGAAGGCCUUCCGUCAGAGUUCAAACCUCACAAACCAUCAGAGGACUCAUACCGGAGAGAAACCCUACAAGUGCAGUCAGUGUGGGAAGGCCUUCAGCCAGAGUACAAAUCUUAUAAUCCACCAAAAGACCCACACUGGGGAGAAGCCACACAAAUGUAAUGAAUGUGGGAAAUUCUUCAGUGAGAGCUCAGCCCUUAUUCGACAUCACAUAAUUCACACUGGAGAAAAGCCCUACGAGUGUAAGGAGUGUGGAAAAGCUUUUAACCAGAGUUCAUCCCUUAGUCAGCAUCAGAGGAUUCACACUGGUUUGAAACCCUAUGAAUGCAGCGAGUGUGGAAAGGCCUUCAGGUGUAGGUCAGCUUUCAUUAGACAUCAGAGACUCCAUGCUAGAGAAUAGCUGGGAACACAGUAGGUGGAGAAAGCCCCAGACGUGCCAAGUCAUAACUCAACAUCUAAGACAGGGCAGAUGGGUGGGGCUGUCAGAGAAAUGCUGAGGGCUUGAAAGCAUCUAGGGAUGUUUCACUUUCAUAGUCUGUCGUGCACAGCUACAUGUAAAAAUACCUUUAAUAAAUACUUGGUCACUAUUUUACAUCUUG